AUGUCAUUUGGAGGUGGCAGUUCAGCCGCGAAAAAUGCAAGAACCUGCAAGAGAUCAAAAACUGUGAAGCGACAUGCCAGCAUCUACACCUAUCCGGAACCACCCCACAGCAACUCGGAUGAAGAUAAUGGGGAUGAGAAGGUCGACAGCAAUGACCCGGAGCAGAUCUUCCAGAACAUACAAUUUCAGAAGGAAAUUAUGGCCAACAUUUGUUGCAGGCCAUGGCCCAUGAGACAAAAACUCCGAGCAUUGAGACAAGCUAAAGAGAUUGUAUUGAAGUAUGAAGGUCGGCUGACUCGGACAAGAGGCUAUCAAGCUGCUGGAGCAGAGCUUUCUACCUUUAAUGAGUAUAUCAGGGAGAGAUUCAUUGGGGGAAAUUCACCUAUUGUGAUGGCCAAAAAUUCAAGACUGAGCCUUGCAAGUGCUUCUGAUGAAAACUACACUUUUUGUUGGCGAUUGUUUUGUGCCUGGGAUUACUUAAUAGGCAACCCUGAAGCUGCAGAGAGCAAAUCUGCGGCUAUAGUGAACAGCAUCAGGGAGACUCAAGUUCAUAAAAAUAGAAGCAACGCCAUGGAUACCACUACCUUCUUAGCAGCGAAAAUCCUUCCGGAGCACAACUUUUCAACCCCAACUCCAAACAUGCAAACGAUUAAGAAUGGCACUUUCCUUCUGUCUGAGAAUCACACCCACAGCUACCUGGUUGCUCACCUGGUUGGACUCAACAAUACAGCACCGUAUGACUCCAGUGGCGAAAGUCACCAAACUCAAUGCUGGGAAACCUACGUUGGCCAAGAGAUGUUGAAGUUGUCAAUUAUCGACAUGCUGUUCACAGUAGCUAGCAUCCUCUUGAUCGAUUUCUUCCGUGGGCUUUUCGUUCGCUACUUAAGUGACUGCUGGUGUUGGGAUCUGGAAAGCAAGUUUCCAGAAUAUGGGGAAUUCAAAAUAGCAGAAAAUGUCCUACAUUUGGUCUACAAUCAAGGAAUGAUCUGCAUGCUAAUAUAUUACCUGCAGAGUAUUGCGAGGUCAUUAAAAUUCACCAAUAACCAACUGAGGAUGCAGAUCCAAACAGAAAGAACUGAAGACAAGAAAAAAGUGGUCAAAAUGGCUGCAGCUAGAAUCCAAAACGUGGAAGGAAAUGGCAAGAGGCCCGAACAGGAGACUGACGUCAUCAGUCAGGAGUCUUCAGCUCGGUCCUCAACCCCUAGGAAAAAUGGCAGUGUAAUAAACUUUGAGUCUCCCAAAGCCAGUCAGAUACAGACAAUAUCUCAGUCGGUACCACCACCUGAAAUACUGAAGGCAGUGGGGCCAUCCCCAGCAAAAGAUAAUCCAGUUGUGCCAACACCUGUAGCGCCAAUACCCAUCACUCCAACGCCGCCUGUUCCUGAGAUGGUGAAGCCUAGAACAGAACCUUCAAUCAACAGAUACCCGAACACGAUCCACGGGAGUGCUAGUGAACUCUGCAAAGCCAAAAUCUAUACUCCCGUAAAGGUGAGGAAACCCGUGGAAGAUGUCCAUUCAGAUCCCUUGUUCAGAAAGUGCCCCCCACAAAUGAAGCCGGAGCCUCACGGGGCCCCCGGAGGGCCCCCUUUUGUGGGCCGCAGAGCUCACACAGCCAAGUACUACAUUCUCAACGAGCACCAGCCCCGUAAAAAAAUCCUCCGUGCCACCACUCGGCUGCCAAGGAACGUCCGGAUGGACGAGGCAGGAGACUUUGUGGAAUUGUAUCCGCGUCACAUCCGAAGAUAUGUGGUUCGAACGCCCCGCAGGGCCUACUCGCCUCAUUACACCGAGGAGGAGGAAGAAGAGUACAGAAGAGGUGUCGCUAAGCAAACUCACCGCCCUCGGUCCCUGUCGGACCUUCGAGCCCCCUCUCGCUUCUACAUUGGGGAGUGGACCGACAACCAAGUUCUGCCGAGCAGGUCUCUGGCGAAAAUGCACUACAAGUCUUGGGAAGAUGGUUUUGGGUUGACUUAUGGCCGGGGACCCCAUCCCCACAGGAAGAUACACCUGAAGAAUAUUGAAUUUGACCAGCAUUAUCCCGAACACCCUGGCAAAUCCAAGGCCAAACCCAAACCGGCUCCAUCUCCCACCGAGUCUGAUUCCAUUUCUCCUGAAUCGAGCAGCGACCAGCCCACCAGUGGCAACGAUCAGUACAUCCAAGUCAUUCCCAGCAAAGAGAAGUAUCUGAAACGGGGGGCGAAAGGAACCCCCCAAAAGACAAAGACUAGCAUGGAAUUGAACCUGGCUGAAAUGAAUGACCUGAUAUGCUCCAAUGUCUAA